GUUUUUUUACAGGGUAAACGGGUCUUCAAGCAGCUGAUGGAACUUGAAGCAAAAGGAGUGAAACUUCAGAUUGCUGUUAACGGUCCUCAGACUGAUAAUCGAGACACGGCUGAUUUAACCAGAACGGGUGCAGAGGUACGGGAGGUGGAUCUCCAGUCAGUGACGGGAGGUAUCGUCCACACCAAGCUGUGGGUCGUGGAUCAGAAACACCUCUACCUGGGCAGUGCCAACAUGGACUGGCGGUCCCUCACACAGGUGAAGGAGGUGGGAGUUUCAAUUGAGGACUGCAGCUGCCUGGCACAGGAUGCGUCAAGGAUAUUCGGGGUGUAUUGGAACAUUGGUGCUCAUAAAAAUGGCUCCCUACCCCCCUUCUGGCCUGCCCGAUACUCUGCCCUCUCUAGCUCCAAGCACCCGUUGAAUCUCAAACUCAAUGGAGUCCCUGCACGAGUAUAUCUCUCUAGUGCUCCACCCCAGAUAUCAGCUUAUGAACGCUCAGACGAUCUAUCCACCAUCCUCUCUGUCAUCGCAGAUGCCCAGAAAUAUGUCUACAUCUCAGUCAUGGACUAUCUUCCGCUGUCCCAGUUCACUGAGCCACUCAGGUUCUGGCCUGCGAUUGACUCAACCAUACGGGCAGCAGCGUGUACUAGAGGUGUGGAGGUCAACCUACUAGUGAGCUGCUGGUCACACUCUCCAGGCUCCAUGUUCCUCUUCCUACAGUCUCUGACUGUCCUCAACAGACCUCCCCUGGGAUGCAACAUCAAUGUGAAAGUGUUUGAGGUGCCUUCAACAGCAGAGCAGAAGAAGAUCCCUUUCUCACGAGUGAACCAUGCCAAGUACAUGGUGACCGACAGAGUCGUCUAUAUCGGAACCUCCAACUGGUCAGAGAACUAUUUCACCCACACUGCAGGUAUUGGGCUGGUGGUGAACCAGACAGGUUCUGUGGUGGGAGAGGGCCAGAGGAGUUUACAGAUCCAGCUACAGGAAGUCUUCAUGAGGGACUGGACAUCUCAAUACGCCCGGAUCCUUUCCAAUGACAAUGUCAAACACUGUGGUAGAUGAUGCUAACGGUGAUGACUCAGGGCUACAUCCAAAAAUGGCACCCUAUUCCCUAUAUAGUGCACUAUGUAGGGAAUAGGGUAUGUGCCAUUUUGGGACACAGACCCAUAUUAGUUUUAGAUAAUUGUUUUGGCAUAUACUUUCACCGGCGUUCAGUAUGCUGCCUAUCAUAAGAGCAUGUGCUUACCUUGCAUUGCUUACAUUUUUAUUUUAUUUUUACCACUCCCAUUUGACAAUUCUGUUGUUACAUGCAGCAUUUGACUGUAUAUAUUUGCAAAUUUUGUUGUAUACAUAUUUUCUACUUGAAUUAUUUGCUGUAAUUCCCCCCCCCCUUCUGAAUGGAAGUGUCGAUAUUGAAUGAAUCUUUGAAGUUCUGUUUUUGAUCAAUUUCCUUUUGACUGACUGAUGCUGUCAGUGACUCAAGGCAUGUGUUGUCGAUAAGGGAAAAAGACUGAUGACCUUUGUCAUGCCAGGUGCUUUUUUUGUGUUACGUCAUAUGUUUAUACAGUUUUUCAACCAAAGAUGUAUCAACUUCAUUCUUAUUCUUGAAAUUAAAUAUUUGUUAUUAUUUUUAA